GAUUUCAAUUUUGCCAGUAAAUCAAUCUCAAGUGAAAAUGUCCAAAGCAGUAUUUGUUGUAGUUGUUGCUUUCAUUGUUGCAUUGCUUGUGAGCAAAGAUGCAAUGUCAGCUCCACAGUUUAGUUAUUCGGGUGGAAAUGGAACCUCUUUAAGCAGCGGUGGCAUCAAUAAUUCGUCAUCAAAUGUGCCAGGGUCGGGUUAUGCCGGCGAAUACUAUGGAAAUCAUUCAAAUGAAACGGCACCCACUUCUCCCUCCAUGUCGGGGAGCCAACUGAGCGGAGCACAAAAUUCUACGUCGGACUUAGGAAACAACUGUGACUGCAACAAUAUUCAAAACGUACAAGAAAUGGCACCAACCGAUAAUCCGUCAUCGGGCGGAGAUGGUGAUAGUCCAGCCGGCGGCGAAGGCGGACCAUCGGAUGCAGCAAGCGCUGCUUCAAGUGCUGCAAGUAGCUCGGGCUCAAAAAAGUAACAACGUUCCUUUUGAGCCUGUCUUUAUCAAUUUUCGAUGUUUACUUCA